AUGACAGACCAUUCUCUGAGCAUACCGAUCGACUCGGACAAGAUGGAGACUUCGUCCGACACAACUUCCUCCUCCUCUCCAUCAAUCUCAGUACCUAUUCAGCAGACAAACCUUGAUCUAGAGAAGACGACUAGUACAGGAACCUGCAGAACUAACCAAAGUCGAAAUUCCAACAGAGUUGUCAGGACCGCCCAGGACUGGGAUGGUCCGGACGAUCCAGACAAUCCUCUCAAUUGGUCAACGAAAAAGAAAGCAUACCAUACGCUGGUACCUGCCCUACAGGCAUUCACCAUCACCUUUGGCUCUUCUGUCUACAGUCCAAGUAUACCUCAGGUCGCUCGUCACUUUGACAUUGGAAGCACCACUGCGAUCCUUCCAUUGACCGUAUAUGUCCUGGGCCUAGGCGCCGGACCUAUGCUGAGUGCUCCCAUCUCGGAAACCUGGGGCCGACGCUCAGUCUACCUGUGGUUCUUCCCACCAUCCCUCCUCCUCACCAUGGGAGCCGGAUUUUCAAACACAUUCGCCGGACUCGUCAUCUGUCGCUUUUUGGCAGGCCUCACAGGGUCAGGCACCCUAGCUGUAGGGGCUGGAUCCAACUCAGAUCUAUAUGCUCCCAUCAAUCGCGCCAUGUCGAGCUCAAUCUUCCUCAUGGCUCCCUUUCUUGGUCCUGCCCUGGGCCCAGCUCUUGGUGGCUACGUGAGCAUGAAAAAAGACUGGCGUUGGACACAGUGGUUGAUCCUGUUCUGGGGCGCCUUGACCUAUGCGUUGACCGUCCCGCAGAAAGAAACUUACAAGCGCAUCAUCCUCUCGAAACGGGCUCGUCGUCUUAAUAUCCAGGGGCCGCCGUCACUCCUGCCUCCUGGGAUGUCCAUGAUGCGUUUCGUUUUCGUCGUCACCAUCCUCCGACCCCUCCGCAUGCUCAUCACCGAGUCCAUUGUCGCCUUCUUCUCUAUCUACACCGCCUUCAACUUUAGCGUUCUGUUUGCCUUUUUCGCUGCAUUUCCCGUGGUCUUCUCAUCGCCCUACCCUGAGAUCCAAAUCUAUCACUUCAACACGGGCGAAUCCGGCCUCGUAUUCCUGGCCAUCGGUCUCGGAGUCGUCAUCAGCACCAUGACAUUCAUCGUCUUCGACCUCUACACCUACCGGCCACAAACACUGAGAAAACGAGCCACAGGCGACUUCACUCCUCUUCCCCCAGAAGCUCGUCUCCAGCCUGCGAUGCUCGGGAGUGUCUUACUGCCUAUAUCACUCUUUUGGUUCGGCUGGACUGCUCGAUCUGAUAUCCACUGGAUUGUGCCCGUCAUGGCCACGGUCCUCUUUGGUGUAGGAAAUUUAUUGGUCUUUUGUUCUUGCAUUCUUUAUUCCAUCGACACAUAUGGUCCGCUUGCCGGUGCGAGUGCAGCAGCCGCCAAUGGCCUCUUACGAUACACCGCAGGAGCGGUGUUCCCACUCUUUACGAUCCAAAUGUAUCGGGCCAUGGGUGUUGGAUGGGCCACAAGCAUGCUGGGCUUUAUCACUGUGGCACUGCUUCCAGUCCCUUGGGUUCUGCAUAGAUAUGGUCCGCAUAUCCGGAAAAGGAGUGCAUUUGCCCCAGUUGCGUAACGUUAGUGGUGGUUUUUCUCAUUAUUGCAUGGCUCUGGUGGUGAGGAAAUAGACUUUCAGGAGCAUUGGCUUGGAUGUCAGAAGACUAGCAAGACACCCAUUAUGCAUGCGGUUAUAUAUAUGGAUCUAUAGACGUAGUAAUUACAGUAUUUGAUAAUCA